GGCUCCUCCUGGCAAUGCAGACAAACAGUGUCCUCAAACCAGGAAAUCAAAAGCAAGCCAACAAACUUCCUACACUCAACAACAAUGCCAUUUUAUUGUUACUCUCCAAGCUGCCACUUUCAGUAACAGUUAUAUUUGCAGGGUAGCAAACAAUGGCUGAUGAGUUUGAAGAGGAGGAGGUGUGGGCUGUGAUGAAGGAGAGGGUGGUGUUAGAAGGAAGGCCAAAGACAAAAUGUAUUACUAGUAGUACUAACAAGUCUUUGGCUUCAUCUUCUUCGGUUACUAGUAGUAGAAGAGUUUAUCAGCAGUCUUCUGCUCCUGUAAACAUACCAGACUGGUCUAAGAAUAGUGGUGCAAAGAAGGAUGAAGAUGAAGGUGAAGAUGAGGACUGUAAAGUGCCACCACAUGAAUGGAUUGCUAAGAAGCUUGCAAGGAGCCAGAUCUCAUCCUUUUCAGUUUGUGAAGGUGUUGGCAGGACAUUGAAGGGAAGAGAUUUGAGCAAGGUGAGGAAUGCUGUGCUUACAAGAACUGGAUUUCUGGAGUGAAAGUUUAAAGUUAAAAUAUGAAUGAGUGAAUGAAUGAAUCAAAUCAGUGAUAUUGAUAUGAAUGUCAGUGCUGUUUUACUACUGUUCUUGGUGGCUUGUUUGUUUCUCAGUAUUCAUUUCUGCCAACACUGAGAUUUUUGUCUGGUGACUGUUGUUGUUGUUGCUGCUUCUGCUUCUGCUGCUGCUGCUGCUGCUGCUGUUGUUGUUGCUUAGAUUAGGAUUUCUAACUAAUAAACUCUUUGUUUCUCA